AUGUUAGAUCUUGGUCUGCUGGACCUUGCGGUUCCUCUCAUCGUUCUCAUUAUAACAAUUGUAUACCUUCCUAUCACUUUCGUUGUCCUAUUGGGGAAACUCAAGCUCUCGCAACUGACAUCACGACACGCGUUCCGGCAAGCCUGGUUCGAGCGCUUUUGGGUAUUCUUCGGUUCAGCAUCGAAGCCGCUCUUCGCCAAAGAUGUUGAGGCAACGCUAGCCGAAGCCCGUGGAAUCGUUCUUGACGUCGGAACCGGUUCAGGCGAUUGGUUGUAUCUAUUCGCGCCACCAAGAAACAAACAUAUAUCGAUGCUCAUACUCCUGGAACCGAACCUUAAUUUCCACGGAGUACUCAGGAUGAGGGCGGAGAAGUUGGGACUAGCUGGAAGAUACGAGAUUAUCGACGGUGGAAUUAAGGAUCUAGAAAGAAUAGGUAUUCAGACAGGAACGAUUGACACAAUCACCACGGUUCACGUGCUGUGCAGCGUCGAGGCACCGCAAGCUUUGAUCGAGAAGCUAUACGCGUACUUGAAGCCCGGAGGACAGUGGCUUGUAUACGAACACAUCAAGAUAAGAAACGAGAAAUCAUUAGCGGCACAUUGGCAAGAUACGAUCAAUAUCGUUUGGCCUACUUUUUUGGACGGCUGCUCAUUGACACGGAACACAGAAGAUUUCUUGUUGCAGGCUGGUGAGUGGAAGUCGGAAGAUCUCCGUCCUGGAUCGAGGGAAGGACGGUUCAACCAGCUACCACAUACGGUCGGAAGACUUGUUAAACGGGGUUCCUAG